AGCGUGUGUAAGUCGGACAGAUUCAGCUUCCACGACCUCCUGAUUAGUGAUUACACUGCGGCUCUAAUUCUUACUAAGUACCUUACCUACCUUAGACCUACCUUACUUCCCUGCCUUCUCAAACCUUCUCUCGCACAUUCCGCACUGGCACUGCUGGAAGCGACGACGAAGACGAUCUUGACAACCUUAGUGACUGCUAGCUCGACAACCCCGAAACGACACCAGGAUGCCUCAGCUGGGCGGCAAGGAGAUCGGCCCUAUCGGCUUUGGCCUCAUGGGCUUCACCUGGCGAAACAACCCGCCGCCACAGGAGCAGGCUUUCGAGACCAUGCGUGCUGCGCUGAAGAAUGGAUGCAACUUCUGGAAUGGCGGCGAGUUCUACGGACCGCCCGAGUACAACAGCUUGGUGCUUCUGGAGCGGUACUUUGAGAAGUACCCUGAGGACGCCGACAAGGUUGUCCUCAGCAUCAAGGGUGGCUUGAAUCCCGCAACGCACCAAAUUGAUGCCUCGCCUGAGAACACGAGCCGGUCAAUCAAUGACAGCAUCGCUCAACUCAAGGGCCGCAAGCUGAUGGACCUGUGGGAGUAUGGCCGCCGCGACAAGAAAGUGCCCCUGAAGGACACUUUUGAGUACAUCAACAAGAAUUUCAUCGAGACCGGCAAAAUUGGCGGGAUCUCGCUGAGCGAGGUUGCGGCAUCCACCAUCCACGAAGCUGUUAAAUAUACUAAGGUCCUGGCGGUAGAGGUUGAACUCUCACUGUUCUCGACCGAAGUACUAGAAAACGGCGUCGCGGCGGCCUGCGCCCAGUACGGCAUCCCGCUGGUUGCCUACUCCCCAAUCGGCCGGGGCAUGUUGACGGGCAAGUGGAAGAAGCUCGAGGACAUUCCCAAGGACUCGCUGCUGCUGUCGUUCAACUUCCCGCGCUUCAGCCCGGAGAACUUCCCCAUCAACGUUGAGCUGGUCGAGAAGGUUGAGGAGCUGGCCAAGGCCAAGAACUGCACGCCCGCCCAGUUGGCUAUCAACUGGACCCGAGCCCUGUCGCGACGUCCGGGGAUGCCCGUCAUCAUCCCCAUCCCUGGCGCGACCACGGUGGAGCGCGUCGUAGAGAACAGCAGGCUCGUCGACAUUAGUGACGAUGAGAUGGCCCAAAUCGAUCAAAUUCUGGCCAAGUUCAAGCCCGCCGGCGAACGCUACCCCGACGCCAUUGAGACCAACACGUAAGGUCAAGGGCCACUCCGUUUGAAGUUGCAAAUUGCAAAGUAUCAGGUUAGCUACAGGUAGAUGAAUGCGACAAUGAAUAGGUAUCCAUAUCUGAAGAAUGCGAGCUCACACUCCAUCGUUGCUUUGUUACCUGCUCGGACGGUGUCAAGCUGUGGGCCGUGGAAUCUUGCUACCCGUAUGUCGGAGUCAUGAAGAAGCUU